AUGUCUAAACGACAUAAUCCAAUGAUACGUUAUAAAAAGCUUAAAUGUCCUAAUAUGGCAGCGACAACUAUUGUUAGUUUUGAAGAUGUCGCAAAUGUAACAUCGCAUAAUUGCAAGCAUAUAUAUGAUCAUAUUUUGCAUGAAAUUGAUGAUAAAUUAUAUUUGCAUGAAUUAGAGGAAAUUUCUAACCAAUCCACAUUAUGCAAUGAGUUAAAAAUAUAUCUAAAUGAAAAAGAAAAUACAUUAAAGUCAUGUUAUGAGAAAAAAUUGUUAUCAAAACCCUUAUGUGAAGAGCAGGAAAUAAAAAAGUAUCAAGUUAAAUGUAAUAAAUUUCUUGGGUUCCCCAUAAAUUGCGCAUUUCUAGUUAAAGAAUCAGUUCAUAUUGAAGAUUCCUCUGAAGAAAAACAUGAUUAUGAAAAAUUAGUAAUAGCCUCUAGUGAUAAAGAAGGAGAACCAAUAUCGGAAAUUGAUGCAGAAUUCACCGAAGAGGGAGAUGUAGAAAGACAAACAUCUCCAAAUUUAAAUCAAGGUAGUGCUGAUGUAGAAAGGACAAGAUUGGAAAAUACAGUUACUGAUGCAGUACAUAGCGAGUUACCCCCAGAUAAAUCUCAUGGGAAUGCUAUUGAAACAUCUGAACAAGUGUCUGAUGAACCUGUCCAAGCCACAAGUUUACUUGAAACUUGUCCACAACAUGCAUUAGAGGGAGAUCAAUCCAUAAAUUGUGAAUUAGGAAUUGAUUCCUGUACACAUCAUCCACACAUUAGUUCUACAGAGGAUUGUGAUCCAAGUGGUGUAUCUGGAGGGCAUCAUUUAUGCCAAAAAAUUCCUCAUACUAAUCUUCAAUGUGACAAUCCAGUUCAUGAUACUAAACAUGAUGAGAAAUCUGUAAAAGAGAAAUCUUUUUGUGAACAAACUUCCGAUAGUGAAAUUCCUAGUAAUGUAACCCCUCAUGUUAGAACGUGUUAUGAUGUAGAUUCAGUUCAACGUGAUACUGAACAAAUAGGUCCUAGUGGUGCAGUCCAUAAUCCUGGACAUUCCGGUGACGAAGGUAGUAAUUUUGAAAAACCUGAACAUAAAGUUACUGAAGGUGAAACACGUGAUCACAAACCACUUCCUAAAGAAAAUAAUGGAACUGGAUUAUUUCCUAACAGUGAAUCUGUGGAUACAGGUUAUUUUAUCCAGAAUUUUUCACUCGUACAUAUUGUAUAUAUUAUUUCUAAAACAAAUUUAAAUAACCAAAGGAGUUAUUCAACUUGUGUUUAUAAAAAUCCUCAUGUGUCCCUUUCUGAACAACCUACAGGUAAUGUUGCUAAUGUUGAAAAUCCUGCGCCAAAUGAAACUUGUAAAGGAAUAGUUGGAUGUCAACCAAAUAUUUCACAAGAGCAAGAAAAUUCCUCUUUCAGUGAUUCUACAUCUGGUAAAUCUGAAGAAUCUGAACAAGUGAGUGAUUCACUGUCAUCUAUAGAUAGUACACAACUUCAGCAAUCAAGUACUACACAAAUGCAUACUGAAAAUCAUAAUAUAAAUGAGAUAAAUAGUGGUAAUAAUGGUGACUCCACAAAAAUUGUCGUUUCAGUAACAGCCAAUCCUAAUAAUACACCAGAAACAUCUAAUGAAAAAGGAAACGAAAUUCCAUUAAAAAUAUAUAUCUUAACAUGUGUAGUAAUAUGUGCAAUUAUUCUGUUAUUAAUCCUUCUUAUUAAAUUCACACCUUUAGGAAUGAUUUCUAACAAGAAAAGUAAAAAAAAAAGAGAAAAAACAAAAGAAAAAUUGCAAAAAAUACUAUUACAAAAUCCAGAUUCUGAUGAGAAUAGGAUAUCUUUUGCAUAUAGUCGUUUUUAA